AUGCCUCCGCUCUGGGCGCUGCUGGCCCUCGGCUGCCUGCGGUUUGGCUCGGCUGUGAACCUCCAGCCCCAACUGGCCAGUGUGACCUUCGCCACAAACAACCCCACACUCACCACCGUGGCCUUGGAAAAGCCUCUCUGCAUGUUUGAUAGCUCGGAGGCCCUCACCGGCUCCUAUGAGAUCCACCUCUACGUCCUGGUCGACUCGGCCGGCUCCAGGAACGCCUCCGUGCAGGACGGCACCAAGACCCCACUGAGCUCCACGUUCCAGCAAACGGAGGGCGGGAGGACAGGCCCCUACAAAGCUGCGGCCUUUGACCUCAGCCCCUGCAGUGACCUGCCCAGCCUGGAUGCCGUUGGGGAUGUGUCCCAGGCCUCGCAGAUCCUGGAUGCAUACCUGGUCAGGGUGGGUGCCAACUCGACCUGCCUGUGGGACCCUAACUUCCAGGGCCUUUGCAACGCACCCCUGUCGGGGGCCACGGAGUACAGGUUCAAGUACGUCCUCGUCAAUAUGUCCACGGGCUUGGUACAGGACCAGACCCUGUGGUCGGACCCCAUCCGCACCAAGUGGCUCACCCCGCACUCGGUGAUCGACACGUGGCCAGGCCGGCGGAGCGGAGGCAUGAUCGUCAUCACCUCCAUCCUGGGCUCCCUGCCCUUCUUGCUGCUCCUGGGCUUUGCCGGCGCCAUCGUCCUCAGCCUCGUGUGA